AUGUUCGCGACUGGUGGAUAUGACCACAUCAUUCACCUCUGGGAGGUGAAAGCUAAUUUUUCUGCGGCAUCUCCAAAGGCACUGGCGAUGAAGCACAAUUCUGUUGUACAAUCACUGCUUCCAAUCUGCGACACCAGUCAUAAACUCAUGUCAGGAGGAGCAGAUUGCACCAUCAACCUUUAUGACCUGGCUUCUGAGCGUGUUGUGAACACCUUGAAGACCUCGAAUAUAAUCUACAACUCUCAUACGACGAUUUCGCCCUUUUGCACUAUAACAGAGGUAUCACAUCGAGACCUCCAGUUCGAAAUACGAGAUCAUAGACUUGUACCAGAGAUCCCAGUUCAACGAUUUGGCCAUGCCUGCACACAAGUCAGUGGUCGUUACGUUCGAGGUGCAUCUUUACCGUCAGAGGGACUAUUUGCCUGCGGAGACAGGGAUGGAACUGUGCGGUUAUGGGACCUCCGCCGUUCGAACAAAGUGAUAAACGAGAUACCUUGUUCCCGUGGCCAAAAAAUAGUUCAGGUGGUUCCGUGCGCUGACUCAAAGCUGCUGGCCUGUUCUGAGAAUGGCCAGAUCUCCGUAUUGGAUUAUUGA